CGUGUGCGCGCUUCCGCGGAGGUAAAUCGUCUUCCUGGUUUGCAGACACAGUUGUGAUCUCUCUGUGACUAUUCACUUUUUAAAGCCUCAGGCGAAAGUGCUGACUUAUUAUGCUGGUCAACCGUCUAACAUCAUCCACUAGAUAAGUUAGUGAGUAUUGACGAGUAGUGACUCAGUGGUGACUAAAUCCGACCGCUUACGGCAGGAGUCCGGUUACCUAAAGACAGACAAGUAUGUGGGCGUCCUGUUGUAAUUGGCUGUGCAUGGACUCGGCUGACAGUGAACAGACUGGUGAAAGUGAGCAACGUCGUCAUCAUCAACAGUCCUACAGUAACUCAGCCUUCAACACACAAUCUCCUCCACCUGAACACACCUGUAAGGCCUGUGGAGGCUGCAUUGACACAGCUGCAAAAAAGCAUGUGUGUGUGGACUGUAAGAAUUACUACUGCAGCCGCUGCUCUGCCCAGCUUGAACCCCGCCCCUGCCUCUGUCACACCUGUCAGCGUUUUUAUGGAAAUCUGCUAGAGAGGACGGAGCUAAUGAAGCUAAAAGUAAAGGAACUCAGGGACUACCUGCACCUGCACCAGGUCUCAACACACCUUUGCAGGGAAAAGGAGGAGCUUGUGGAGUUGGUCCUGAGUCGACAGUCCUCACCGUCCAGUGACUAUGCCCCAGACGAUGUGUCCACUGAACCUGCCUCUCGAACCUCUCACCCUCCUGACUUGACAUCGCACAUCUCCGUCUUGACACCGGACCCAGAUGAACCUACAUCAACGCUAAAUGAAUCCUCAGACCUUCCCUCCGUACAGCACGAUGCUUUAACCUCUCCCUCAGAGACCACACCCACAGAGAUCCCUGCUGCUGAGUCCGGUACUCAGGAAGAUGACCAGACCUGGGACUGUGAAGAGCCUGCAGCUCCAGGUCGCAGAGCGUCUCUGGCUGACCUGAAGUGUGUGGAUGAUAUCGAGGCACUCAGUGUUCGGCAGUUAAAGGAAAUACUUGCCAGGAACUUUGUGAACUACAAGGGCUGCUGCGAGAAGUGGGAGCUGAUGGAGCGUGUGACCCGGUUGUACCAGGACCAGCAGAACCUGUUGGCUGCAAACGCUGCCAAAGCUUUAGAGUCUGAAGAAGGAGCUCCUGGCCUGGAGGACAAUGUCUGUAGGAUCUGUAUGGACUCUCCCAUUGACUGUGUCCUGCUGGAAUGUGGACACAUGAUUACCUGCACCAAGUGUGGAAAGAGGAUGAGCGAAUGUCCCAUUUGUCGCCAGUAUGUCAUCCGUGUUAUUCAUGUCUUCAAGUCCUGAUUUCAGGACAAGAAACCUCCGAAAGGCACCGAGUCCAAACUACAAAGAAAAACUUUUAUUUCUAUAUCUCUAUUUUUUUAGUGUAAAUAUUAAGCUGUACCACCACAUGACCUUAUGUGACCUGCUGGUCAGACACAACCCAGACGUGGAUCACAUGAUCUGAUCAACCAAAAGUAACUUGGCUUUAUCUCAAUAUGUGUAAGUAAGAAGAGGACUGUUUACACUGUCCAAAAAAGAAAAGAAAUUCGAAAAUGAAUUCAACUCAUACAGAGUGGUAAAUCAAGGGCUGGAAUCACAAGGAACAGAUUCCCAAAUGUUGGGUGCUAGGUACCUCAUGAGAUUAAAUGCAAUGUCGGUUCCUCUAAUUAGUUCCUAAAAGCUCUAUUUUCUUUUAUAUUACUAACAAAUGCUAUACGCAUCUAAAAGAACCAGCUGCUGCUCUUCCAAGACCUUUCCAUCAUUCUGCUGUCAUGAGCAGAGUGAUGAACUUGAAGGUUGGUUAAUUUAGAUAAAAGCCAGCAUUUAAUGUAGCAUUCAUGAGAAAAUGCUCCAAAUGUGGCUGUACUUUAAAGACACAAAAAUCUGACAAAAUGUGAAUUGACUGUAGCAGCAUUUCAGUUUCCUGCGGAAUGAAUGGAAAACAGAGUGAAAGAAUGAAAGAAUGUUCAUAUAAGAACCUGAGCAGUAGCACAGACAUUGAGUCAGUGAUGAAAGAUCUGAUGUCAGUUGUUCAUAAGAAAAAGAAAACUCAGCUGCAAAAUUGCAAAAAAACAACAAUAUUUUUACAUAAUGUAACAAAGAUGAAGAAAAAAAAUCAGAAAAUUUUCAGUAACAAUAUUUUCUUAAGAACCGUUGAAUAAGUAUAUUCUUAACAUGCAGAUGCAUAUGCACUGAAAUUGGAAUAAAUAGCUGUUACUGUUUUUUUAGAGUUUGAUUUUGUUAAAACUGUUUUUGGUUUUUCUUUUGGUUUUUUAAGUGUGACAUGGCUAUAAUGAUGUUUUCACGUGCCUUGACUGGUGAGUUAGAGUAGAUUCUGAUGGAUAUGGCCUUAAAAUGAAGCACAAGCACAGAGUUCAAAUAUUUUGCAGUAUUAUACUGAUGCAUAUAUAAUUUAAGGAGAAAAGACACUCGGUUUUUAAGCAGGUAAAGCCCCAAAGCUCCAACCGUAUCAACACAUCAUCAGUUUCAACUGUAGGUGAGAGAUUCGAAAUUAGACUAAUUGGAAGUAUCAGAAAUGUCACUGAUGCACAUUACAUAUCACUUUACAAACACAACACUGACAUUGACACUACAACUCAAAAGACACAUUUUUACACUUUGAUCACAUUGUUGAUUCAGCUAUAUAAACUCAAGUAAAACUACUAGCUCUGUGGUGACAUCACUGACUAGAAGGAAUGUAAUGCUAUAUUGAACUUACGAUACAAUUACGAUUCUCACAGCAAGGUGUAUCUUUGAGACAAUUUCCUAAUCCACAGGAGCGUUUUAAGGAUGAUUCAGAACUGAGAGGUUGUGUUCAGAACUUUGGCAUUCCCGGAGGAAAUGAUUCUCUCAUGGUUUGGACAGAAUGGACUUGAGAGCACUGCAUGACAAUGUUAGCAGCAAUUCUCAUUGGUUUGAUGGUUUGGUUUGUUUUGAUGCACAAUUUUGCUGAGUCAUUCUAAAGUUUUAUGCAUUUGCUAUGGUUCCAUUAUUGGCCUGAUUUGAUGAUUAACUUGAAUUUUGCUGUGUGUUAUUUUUGGUUUCUUAAUUGGCUCUAGUAUGAAAACAAUUUUUGUUACCAUGUUAUUACUUGACCAAGAAUAUGUGUAAUGUUGAGGGGAGAGAAAGACAGUGGUUCUCUGUAGCUCAGGGUUUGUCCGACAGUGGCUGUUUGUGAAGCUUUUGAUUCAAGUUCCAUAUGGUUAGUAUGCAGUGUAACGUGGGUCCAGUUCACACAUAGAUGGAGACAAAAAGCUCAGAGAACCAGACGGCACCAGAAACUUUCUACUAUGAUGAAAGGGACAAAGGUCAGAACAGUUCUUUAGUGGUCAUAAAAAGGGACCAGAAAAAGCAAUACAUUAGGCUUUGUGCUUUUGUAAUAACCACAUUGUUCUUGUCGACCUAACUUGAUCUCAAAUAUUUUACUGUGUGCCUUUCAAUUUUAUGACAUGAUGUAUUAGCUGCAAAAACAAAGAUAAAACUCUUUAGGCUGCUUCAUUUUUCAUACACUGGUUAAUGAUUUUUUUUGUCUUCGUUAAUGGUGUCGCUUUAUGUUUCUUAACUUAAUUGUACUGUCAUUUGUAACGUCAGUCAGUCGAUUAAAUAAAACAUGAACACUG